AUGUUUUCUCGCCUUGCUGUUCGUCGUGUUCCCAGGGUGGCAACUGUAUCAGUCCGCUAUAGCUCUAGUGCUAAGGAGGGCUCUGUAGCUCAGUCAAGAGGAUUCAAGGAAAGAGAAAGUGCUGUUGAGAUGCUUCCUAAUCUUCUAGACGAAUAUGCACACAAGCAGGAACAUGCCAAACUCAUGAAGCUGAAAGCAGAGAUUGAACUAAAAAAGAUAGAACUUGAGAAGUUGGAGAAAGAGCAUGCGGAGGCCGAGAAGAAGUAA